CCAUGCUGCCUUUCGCGUCAGCUGAUCUCGUUUCUGUUUUCCCGGAUCAGGAGAUUGACAGAUUUCACACGACCCGUGCUCGUGUCGAUUCGGCGAGAGGAGAGGAAACGCCGUCGUGACGGAUGAACGCAGAAAAGACAUGUGCCCCCAGAUGCACUUUGAUGUGAAAUGAACACGUCGGCGUGUGACUGGACGUUAGGGGAAACUGCCAGGGAUUCGUGUAUCACUUCCACUAUUUUGUACCUGACAAGAACUUGCCUCGUGUGAAGUGGCACUAACUGAAGCUACAGGAGCCAUGUUGGCCACCCAGACGCCCGAGAGCGACCCAGAAACGGGCGACGUUAAACAGUGGAUCAAGAACAAGAUCGCGCGGACGCUGAAGGUCCUGCAGAAGCGUUACAUCACCACAGACACGGCGGUCACCAGCGAGGACCUGGAGGCUAACCUGCUGUGUUGUGCUGUGGAGGCGGUCUUCAUUCAUGGAAUCAAGAGCAAGUUCAUCCGGUUUGACGGAAGUCACACACGCAAAGGAGGGUCACGGGGGGCUCUUCCUCAGCCCGUCUUCUGGAGCCUGUUGAAGACCGUCACCCACAGGGAUGUAAUUCAAGAACUGGAACGUCUAAGCUUCAUAAACUCAGACAUUGGCCGCUGCAGAGCGUGGGUUCGUCUGGCGCUAAAUGACGGGCUUCUGGAGUGUUACCUGACCUCGCUGCUUCGAGAAGGCUCCAAGCUGGGCUCCUACUACCAGCCCGGGGCUCUUCUGCUGGACCCAGAGGACCGCGAGGUUCUCCUCACGCUCCUGCAGGGUUUGUCCUCGAUGACUUUCCAGCUUUCCUAUAAAUCAGCGGUGCUGAAUGAGUGGACCAACACGCCCCUGGUCCUCGCGGGUCUGUCUCCCUUGACGCCUGCCGACGAGCACCUCGUAUGCCCCAAGCGCAAGGAGUCUUGGGAUACGGUGUCCCAGUCGUCCGGAGGGUCUGGAAGCUCAGACUGGGCUCCGGAGGUGAUCCACAGGGAGCCUAGGAGAGAGCCGAGCGAGGGCUGCGAGCCGAACACCCCGCUGACCACGUCGAACCUGAGCCUGGACACGUCAGGGUCAUCGCAGCUGUCCUCCAGUCUGAGCUCGGACAGUCUGCUGCAGGAGCUCAGGAGUCCGGAGAAGGAGCACUGGAGUUGUGACACGGAGAUCAGCCAAAACGCACAAAAGAUGAUCACCGCUACAGAAGACAACAGUUGCUCCAAUCGGGACUCGAAGGAAGACUUUGACGUGUUCAUACCGGCUUCGGACUCUGAAACGCAAGCCCUUACUGACAACAAGCACAAGCCCGAGGCGUCUCCAGCAGCUGCACAGGACACGCAUCAAUCAGAUGCACACGUCUCAGAGGAAGCUAAAGCAUGCUCAGAAAACAUAUCAGCUGGGACGAUACAGGAGGAGGAGGAAUCCAAGACUGUAGUUAAAACCUCCACAGAGACUCCAGAAAACUCACCUGUUGAAUUUCCUUCGGUUUCGACCCAGAUUGUUGACAAGACCUCUGACCUUAAAGACCCCGAGGCUCUUCCUUCAGAGACCUCCAUCGCCUCUAGUUCAGUGGAGCAAUCCCAGCAUGCUGCAAACAGACGCUCCGCGAGCACCGUCAGCAGGAAAACCUCCUCAGACUCUCUGUAUUCCUCCUGCAAAUCCACAUCUUGGAUAUCAGAGGACGAUUUCUACAAACCAGGAAAAACGGACAGUUCGGAAGCGUAUGCUGUGAUUGACAUUGUGCAGACGAACGGACAGGAAACGCCUACCUCUGAAACGGACUGCAUCCAGGCAGCACCUAGUGUAGUGCACCGGAGACACAACGGUCUUCCUAACCCGUUCAGGGGUCUUCUGAAGCUGGGUCAGCUGGAGCGGCGCAGAGCGGUGGGCAUGUGGUGGGAUUACUACUGCGAGCUCUCUCCGUUUGAGCUGCGACUCUACAUCAACGCAGAGGAGCGCAUCUGCUACGAAAACCUGUCCCUGCUGCGCUGCGAAGACGUCCGCCUGUCCUCCAGCACAGAGGGCCGAUUCCGCCUCUCCUUCCUGGGCAAAAGAAUCUACCUGCGCGCCCCGUCCCGGGGAGAAGCGGAGGACUGGGUGGAUCGCAUCGAGGAGGCCAUCGGCAAACUACGGCCCAUAAUGAGAGACGAACAGUGGGAGGAGCUCCACGACCAGGACGUCCCCUCGCCGACGCCCUCAAGCCCCGAGCACACCAUCUCGGAGCUUCCAGAUGCUCCACAGCUAGAUUGGACCCGUCAUAAGGACCCAGAACCGGAUGCUAUAAAGGAAGCGGUGGUCUAUCAGAACUUGGAGGAGAAGGGUUGGCGCUCUGUUUUGCUUUCUCUCUCCCUGGAGGCCCUGAGAGGGUACCGAGUCCAGGGGGACUCCAAGACACCCCUGUUCUCUUACACCAUUGGGAGCAUCAGGGAUGUGGUUCCUGACGUUUCUCUAGGAAGCCCAGCGUUUUUUAAGGUUCUGACUGCGCGGGACACUCUGACGUUGCGGGCGGAGAGCGGCGAGGAAGCGCGAGGGUGGAGGAGUCUGAUCAGAGGAGCGCUCGACUCGUAUCUGGAGACGGAGGAUGAUGGAGCGCUGCAGGACGUCUCCGCGGUGGGCAGCGUCCACAAGCUGGUCCAGCACAGACUGAAGGGAGACGGGGUGCUGCUGUCUCACCUGUCUACUGUCCCGAAUGAGAGGGGGCUGGAUGCACAAAACUACAAAUGUGCAAGUUGUCCUCGUCAGAUCGGUGUGUCUCUGGGGAGAGCCAGACUCUGUGAGUUCUCAGGUCAGUACUACUGUGAGAGCUGCCAUCAGGGAGACACAAGCAUCAUCCCCUCCCGCAUGCUGCACAACUGGGACCUAACGGCACGUGAGGUCUCAAAACAAGCCUUUAAGUUGCUGACUCAGAUUGAGCAUGAGCCUCUCCUGCACCUCGACGCUUUGAACCCUGACCUGUUCGAUCACACGGACGUCAUGGAGAAAGUGCAGAACCUGAGACAAAGGCUUCGCUUUCUCGGGGACUACGUCCUCAUCUGCCGCAGCGGCAUCAGCAAGCAGAUAGAGCCCAGACUUCAGCAGCGGACAUACUUACUGGAUAACAGUGAUCUAUACAGCGUACUGGACUUGCAGCAGAUAGCAGACGGGCACUACGAAUCUUACCUGCAGUCCCUGAUCCAGUUUGGCUCCAAGCACGUGCACGGCUGUGACCUUUGCACCCAAAGGGGCUUCAUAUGUCAGAUCUGCAACGCCGACAACAUCAUCUUCCCCUUCCAGUUCGACGGCACCACCAGGUGUGACGUCUGCAAAACGGUGUUUCACUCCUCCUGCAAGGCCAAGUGUCCGGUCUGUCCGCGCUGCAUUCGCAUUCAAAAGUAUACGGAGAGGGAUCUGGAGGACUGAAUUAGCUGGUAGUUAGAAACGGGUCAGGCGGCGAGGGUUAGGACUAUAUUAUUGUAAUACUCCAAAUGUGCUAUUUUUCUCAGUAGCCGACCGUCUGGAAGCGUUUUGUUGUUGUUGUUUUUUCUUCACACUAAGCAUCUUAUUUGACUCUCGACCUCAAGUGCACUUAUUCACACAUUCAUCUGUACCUAUUUGCUCACAUCAGCACUCCCGUGUUUGCUCUUUCAUGUAAUAUUAAUAACCCCAAACCAGCGGUGGGAGAACUGUUAUUAAAGCUAUGAUUGUUGCUUUUCGACUUUUUACGGAAGCGCACCCUUCGACGGUUAACCAACUCUACGGGCUCCACAUUUAAUUCUGCAGGUUUGUGUUUAAAAUCAUGUCUUGGUUCCCUUUUUUUUGUUUCUUGCGUAGUUGUUGUUGAUUGUCAAGCCAAGGAAGUCUUUAUUUAUGAAGGCACUUGAAUGCCAAGGAUCUUAUAACUCUUGUUUUUAUAGUACUUUUUUUUUUUUUUUUUUUUUUUUAAAUGUCACAUGCCAAGUUUUUAUAUGAAACAUUACGAGUUUACAAAGCGUUGUAUGCAUUAAUAACCGUAUAUGCAGGUAUCGUAUACAUUUUAUAAGGACGGUUAAUGGAAUUAUGAAAUGUACCACCACUUAAAACCUCCUUAACAGGUCAUUUUUGUAUAAUACUGUGCCUUUAUUUUAAGUUCGAGUGUAGCAUUCGUCACUAAAAUGGGAUGUGCCAAAAAUGUAACCAUUAUAGAAGCCAAUGUAAAUUAUUAAUGCUUGCCACAAAAUCAGUUCAGAAAUCUAAUUGCUGACAUUCAUCUCUGUGGAUGAUAAAAACUCUUUUUAUAUAUUAUGUUCCUAGUUUAAUGAAUGCAUAUGAAGGUUGACUACCGCUUUAGCACAUGUUUUAUAUUGGAAACUGAAAUAGAAAGAACAUUCUUCAAAUGAUUUUUUUUGGUACUACUUUUUUUUUUUUUUUUUUUUACAAUGCUGUUUUUUCUGAUAAUUUUAUGACUAGUUCAUUAUAUCAUGUUGAAGGAAAAUCCCAGAUGUCUUUGUCUUUUUUUCUUUUCGUCUUUCUUAUGUAACGCCACUAGAGGAGGUAAAAGUCUAAACGUGAUUUGACGGCAGCCCUGUUUUUACUGUCAUGAAUACCAAAGCUUUUCUCUGGUCUGGAAGCAAAAGUGUUUCACAUUCACAAUGUCUUAUUGUUGUUGUUAUUAUUAAUAGUAUAUAUUAUACUCAUAAUAUGUGCAUAUAGUCUUUUACCCAAAGCAUUGAUGAAAGCAAAAAUAUUGACAACUUGGAAAUUGUGCGCAUUAAUCUCAAACUGAAAUGUUUGUGUCGAGUGAACUUGACAUGAACAACAUUUCCUAGAGUCAAAAGAGAGAUUCAUAUUUUUGUCUUUAACUUGUCAUUCCCCUCAAACCACAUCGCAGUGUGUUUGUCUCUGACUGGUUCUUCCUGUUUUCAUACCUCCUGGCACUCUUUCUGUCUGUUUGUUUCUGUCCCUUUCCUGUAUGUACCAAACAAACCUUUUGUUAUUUAAAAAGAAUGACAGACCUCGGGUAGAGGUUGGAGAAUUGAACCAGUCAGUGUAAAGUUAGCUAAAAACUGAGUUAGAGUUUGAAAUAAUAUAUUUUACUUUUUGUGAGACAUUACAGACAAGAUGUUUUUUAGUGGAACUAAAAUAUCCAAAAUCUCUUCUUUUUUCUUCUUCCAAUUCUGAGUUUACAUCUCAUAAUUCUAACUUUUGGGAAGUUCAAUUAUUAUUAUUUUUUUAUAAAAAUACAUUAAAAAAAAUUAAUUAUUGUUUUGGUUUUUUUUCUUCAUAAUUUAGGCUUUGUUUCAUGCAAUUCUUUUUUUUUUCUCACAAUACCAUGUCAUAAUUCUUAAUGCAAUUAAAAAUUCAUGCAAUGUUUAAUGUAAUUUCAACCUUUUUGCUCCAUUUUUUUUUUUUUUUCAAUUAUAGUUUAUAUCUCAGUUCUGACUCAUCAUUUUUAUCUAUUUAAU